AUGGCAGCAUCCGGCAGCGGCAGCGUCUCGGCUGCUUUUCAGGAGUACCUGCAGCACCUGGGGCUGCACGACUUCCCUUGUGGCCUCGGCAGCUGGAACAAAUCCCGCCUCAAUGCCAGCAGGAGCCCCCGGGCACAGCCAGUGGGGCUGGAGGAGGCUGUGCCACCAGGAGAGGAGACCACUGAGGUGCUGCUGGAGCUGCUGAGAGACCAGCACAGCCCCUGGGCACUGCCCCCCGACUGCAGCCCCCAGGCCCAGUCCCUGAGGGAAGUGGUUGUGCUGGCACCCGAGCUCCUCCUUGGCUCCAGAGUCUUCCAGCUUGUCAAGUCCCUGCGGAUACUCGACAAGGGGGUGGAGGAGGUGGAUGAGGGUCUGCUGCAAUUCCAGCAGCUGGAGGAGCUCAUCCUCAGUGCUAACCACAUCAGCAGAGUAACCUCAGCCCACCUGCCCCGGACUCUGAAGGUGCUGGAGCUCUGCUACAAUGAUGUGGAUGAUCUGCAGGACCUGUGUGCUCAGCCACCCCUGGAGCUCCAGCACUUGGGGUUGGGCUACAACCGGCUGUGUGGCCCUUCCCAGGAAAAGCACUUCACUGUAGAUUUCUGGCCAAACCUUGUCUCCCUUGACCUGAGCUUUAACAGCCUCACAGACCUGCUGGGACUGGUUUCCCAGCUGUCCACCCUGCAGAACCUCCGCAUCCUGCUGCUCCAAGGGAACCCACUGGCUCUCAUCCCCACUUACAGAGGCUUCCUCGUGGACAGCCUGCCCAAGCUGUCCAUCCUGGAUGACAUCUACAUAUGGCCUGAAGAGAGGCAGCAGUUCCAUGGGCUGGCAAAGCAGCCAGAGCUGAUCAGGAGUGAAGCACGACUGGUUGUGAGCAUUGGGGAGGUGACAGGACUCCCUAAUCCUGAAGAUUUUCAGCAGCUGGAGGUUGGCUCUGAGGGUCCGGUGAUCGCCUGCACCUACUUUGUGACCUACCAGUUUGCAGAGGGAGAAGAGCUUGAGGACAGGGGCAGUCCUGAGGGAACAAAAAUCCACCAGAGUCCCACAGAGGCCAUGCUGGAUGUGGACAGCUCUGCUCAGGACACAGGAGAAACAAAGAGCCAUCAGGAGCCUGCAGCCACAGAGGAGCCCAAGGCCCUCCCUGCAAACGUCUUUGCCACCCCUGCACAGCCCUGGGCGGACACCAUCUACUGCAGCUACAGGAAGGAGCACAUUGCCAGGGACUUGGUGGGGCUGAAGUCCUACCUGGAGGCUGGAACCUUUGUCUCAGUUGUGGAGGAGAAGGUGAUCUCGUGGCCUGUGGAUCCAGAAGAAAAUUCUGUCACAAAUAAGGAGGGACAGGAGCCAAAGAAGAACGGUGCAAAGGACAAGCAGAAGAAGAAGAAGAAGAAGAAGUCGUAUGAAUUCCGCAGUGACCCUCCCAUUUGGAGCACCCUGGCCACCAUGAGAGUGAGCCUGGAGACCCUGCUGGCCACUGAGGAUAUGGUGGCAACUUUGUGUGACUUUGGGAUCCUGAUCCCUGAGAAACCACCAGAACCACCAGUUCUGGAGGAGAAGGAGGCAAAAAAAGGCAAAGACAAGAGCAAAAAACCCAAAGCAGAGAAAGGAGACCAGAAAACCGCGGCUUCCAAAGGAAAAGGAAAAAACAAAGACACUGCUGAAGUGGAGGAGGAUCAAGAGCCCCAGCCAGUGCCCCUGACAGUUCAAUUCCAGAUGCAGCUCCUUCGAUGGCCCUUGGCAGCCAGCACCCAUAGCCAGGAGAACGUGGCCAUGUCAGUGGGGAAGACUCAGUGAUCUGUCUAUGGCAGAAGCCUCAGUGGAAAUAAACCACAGGAGAACGAUG